AUGCCAGCCUGUCGUGAUAACUUGUACCCUGUCGCAUGGUACUGUAGCCACAUGCAGCUUUCACCGCCAGCAGCUCACAUGUACGAGUCCAUGUACCAAGACAUGAGGGUCACUGAGAAUUCGGAUGAAAUGCGGAUGCAUGUGCUCGCUGGGCUUGGCCAUUGUAUCGAGGACAAGCAGCUGGUUGAUUGGCAGUGGACUCGGCCCAGCAAAACCCUUGGCCAUGCAUUCGAGGUGCCUGAAGUACAGAAGAAUAGAGCCAUCACACCCAAGACACGACUUCGUGAUGGCUGGCACCGCGACAAUGCAAGAAUGAGCGCGCAGGGCGGACACUUCACAAGAGCCGCUGAGGAGACAACGCCUCCGGCCUCCGGAAUGCCCGUACGCGUGCAACUCCGACUUAAGUCGGCGCGGCCGCCGUCAGCCACGCUCAAGUCCGGCGGUGGCCGGCACACCAUCGGUCUUGUCUGCCCCGUAUCACACGUCGCUGCCUCCUUCUCAGACCAAUCUUUGCUCUUCCAAUCACGAGAGAUCAUGAUGUGGUUCGCAGCAACGCCCCUCCAACUGUACAAGUACGUCGGGCUGAGGUCACGGUGUCCGAACGGAGCCGGUUUGUUGCGGGUGCCUCGCUGGCGCGCACAAGUUCUCGUACCUGCUGGCUCUGGCACCGAUAUGCACGUAUGUACAUACAUGUAUCCCGCACUUGGUAACAUGCCGGGCUUUCCUUGCCUUUUCCUCAACACGUCUGCCAAUGAAUUGACAGCUGAUUCGGGGCGCGGCCAUGUGCUACUGCGUCGCGUCCGCCCCUCAACGGAUGCGCCGACUGGGGACUCGCAUGCAGAGACGUGCUGUGCCAGGGGUCCCAUUGGAUUGGAAUCUCGGAUCAAGGCUCUAGUUUCGUGGGGCGCAGCGUCCUGCGAGUCUUGGCCAACAGGCGGCCCUGCAUCGGAACAGCAGUCGAGCAUAUUGGAGAUGGUGGUGAUAAUAACUCGUCACUUGCUCGACGCACAAUUUCUUGGUAAGCUGAACCGGCACGAGAUGACACCUUGGGCUUUGGCUGCAGUCGAUUGCAUCGGCGUGAAAAAAUGCCUUAGGAUUCAGGCGGUAGAGUGA